AGCUGAUCCGUGCUGCUCUGCGCCUGGCGAUAAGCCGCAGGCGGUCUGCCAAGUCGCGAGGUCUCGAGGCGGCGGCAGCGAACACAACCAGCCGCGUCUGCAUCUACAGGUUCUCAGGAGCGCCGGCAACGCAGGCAGUACAUCAUGACCAUUUCUGUCGAGCUGGAGAUGAAGCCGCCUCCUGAACAUGCAGCUGAAGGAAGCCGAAGAGCCAGCAGACUGAGGCAGCACCUGGCCGCCAUUGCCAUGAGCAUCGGGGCGCUGGGCACCGGCACGACACUGGGCUGGACCAGCGUGGCCAUCCCGGAGCUGCAGUGCGGCUACGCGUCUGCGGCCGGAGCGCAGUGCUACCAGUCGUGGCAGCUGGCCUGGGUCUCGGGCUGCAUGUCGCUGGGGGCGCUGGCGUUCUCGCUGCCCGUGGGGCGGCUGGCUGACGUGCUGGGCCGCAAGCGGGCCGGGCUCUGCCUGGGCCCCCUCUUCCUGGCCGGCUGGGCCUUCCUCAUCUGGGGAGACUCGCUGGCAUUGCUGUGCGUGGGCCGCCUGCUGACCGGAGCUGCGGGCGGAGCCUUCAACGUGCUGGCGCCGGUGUACAUCGCCGAGGUGGCCCAGAAGGAAGUCCGGGGAGCACUGUGCGGCUACUUCCAGCUGCUGCUCACCGUCGGCACCCUCUACGUCUACGUGCUGGGUGCGGUGACCGGCCUGUUCUGGACCUCCGUGGGCUGCGCCGUGGUGCCCGCGGUCUUCCUGGUGGCACUCUCGCUGGUGCCCGAGACUCCCCCCUACCUGCUGCAGGGAGGCCGGGAGGACGAGGCCCGGGCGGCCCUCAGCUGGCUGAGGGGACCGCGCUGGGACGUGGAGGCGGAGCUGGCCGAGGCGAGGGCGGCUCUGGAGGAGGACUCCGGGAACGGGAGGUCCGGGUCCCUCCGGGAGGGGCUGAGCACCCCUGCUGCCGGUCGGGGAAUCGUCGCGGGGCUGGGGCUCGUCACGUGCUUCCAGCUCUGUGGCAUCAACGCUGUGCUUUUCUACGCGUCCGAUAUCUUCCUGAGAGCGUCGGGCGGAGCCCUGGAGGCGGAUACGUCUGCCGUGGUGGUGGGCGCCAUGCAGGUGGGGGCGACGCUGGUGGCGUCACUGGUGGUGGACCGCGCGGGCCGCAGGCCGCUGCUCGUGGCGUCCGCCGCAGUGGUGGGGCUGUGCGCUCUGCUCCUGGGAGCCUACUUCCAGCUGGACUCCAGUGGCGAGGCCGAGGGCCUGGACUGGCUGCCCCUCGCCAGCCUCUGCCUGUUCGUGGUGGCCUUCUCGCUGGGGCUCGGGCCCGUCACCUGGGUGCUGCUCGGAGAGCUGUACGCCCCCGAGGUGCGCGCCUUUGCGGGCUCCCUCUGCUGCCUCGUCAGCUGGACCUUCUCCUUCCUGGUCACCACCUUCUUCAGCGAGCUCAGCUCCGCCGUCGGCGUCCAGGGAACCUUCUGGAUCUUCGGCUCCGUGGCAGUCGCCGGCGCCCUGUUCGUGUUCUUCGUGGUUCCCGAGACGAAGGACCGGUCGCUGGAGGAGGUGCAGAGGCAGCUGUCUGGCGGGGCCCGAGUAUGGAGUUUGUCCUGCACCUGCAGAUGAGCCUCCUCACCUAGACAAAUCUGGAUGUUACAGUGAUCACCAUUCCUCUGGAUGAACCCACAUUCGUACACGAAUCAGCGAAUGGUAGUAACACGGUCUCACUUUUUCUAACAUCAGACAUUCACUUGAUCACUUGGAACAAUCUAUUGGACCACAACAGGAACCCAGGCCUUCAUCUGCCACCAGUAAUGCUCUUCCAACUGAGCCACUACCUUUUUUCCAUAAAAUGAUACAAGUUUCCAGCUCAUGGACUUUAUCACAUUCAUUAGCUGAUUUAAAUAGUGCUCCAGAUCACGAUUCAUGACUUUUCUCAAGUACAGCAGUUACCAUAUACGUACCAUACACUUACAUACCAUCCUGUAUGUCUUGUUGGACCCGCUACAGUUGCAGGUUCGAAUCCGGCCUCGGGCAUGGAUGUGUGUGAUGUCCUUAGGUUAGUUAGGUUUAAGUAGUUCUAUGUUCUAGGGGACUGAUGACCUCAUAUGUUGAGUCCCAUACUGCUCAGAGCCAUUUUGAACGUUAUUGGACCAACACUUCUGGAACAACCGAAUUAGCAUAAAAUGGCUUGACCAUUGUAUAAUGACUGUCGCCAUAGUCGAAUUGAGAAUACAUAACUAAACUGUUCCCAUAUAACUCAUCCCCUCUCCCCUUUCUUCCCCUCUCCAAACCUAUACAAUUCCCUUCCACACCUGAAGAUGUAAAAUGCCUGACCACUAUCCAACAAAUUUGGUGGACUUCCCUCUAGUUUACCUUGUCGGCCGGCCAGUGUGGCCAAGCGGUUCUAGGCGCUUCAGUCUGGGGAUGUGUGUCAUGUCCUUAGGUUAGUUAGGCUUAAGUAGCUCUAAUUUCUAGGGGACUGAUGACCUCAAAUGUUAAGUCCCAUAGUGCUCAGAGCCAUUUGACCAUUUUUUACCUUAUCGCCUGUUCCAUACACCACCUUGAUCUCUUAGCCACCUGCUGUUCCAACCCAGUACGCUUCUGUGUGAAUAAAAUGGUCCCUGGUGUAAGCUACUAAUGAAAUAUUGUUUCCAGCUGAAUGGUAUUGUCGAGAUAAUCUGACACGCCACACUCAUAACUUUCUGAUAUAGUGACUUUGCCUGAAAAUGGUUUGGGCGAGUCUGGGGGAUGUCUCAUGGUAUCUCAACACUGCCAUCCAACUGGAUACCUGAGAGCCAUUCAUCAAGUACACGUCGUUUACAACCAUCUCAGUUCCCUUCCGUAAGCCUUAUCACACUCCCCUUAACCUGAAUACUACUCCCUAACGUUAAGUAAACUACGACACUGCUGAAAUCUCCUUUCCCACAAGACCUCGUGUUUCUGCAAACCACGAUUCUGUUCAUGAGGACACUCAGUGAACACAAACUUCAAAUCCUUGUCCUCAAUGUGACCUUCUUACAGGCUUACAAAGUGAAGACACAGUCCACAAUCUGUGUGUUGAGAUGAAGUUCUCAGUGCUCGACUUAGGUACACCACUGUUCAUCAACAAUCCCUAAAGCAUUCACCAUCUUACCCAAUCACUUUCCUGUAAGCUGUGAAACCUUUUUCCAGUCAUUCUAAUCCUCUUGACUUCCUCACAGGCACAGCUAAGACCUUCCCUAUCUCUAGCACUACCAUCACUCUCAAUGCUCACAGUAACUUCCCCGUGUCAGAAUCAAGUGCUGGUGUCUAAUGACUCUUUCCAUGGUCACACAAUCACUAUCCCACUUUUAACCUAUCAUUACAGCUAAAUCACUGCAGAAAACAUCAUCACUGGAAUCAAGUAUCAAUCGGUCUAUCCGAUUGUCGCUCUAUAGACCCUACCUGGAUGCCUUAAUCCCAAUAGCCUACCUGUUCACAUCCUGUACUACCUCCACAUAUGAUUGUAAACCUAUUGGGAAGCCUUAGGUAUAAAACUUUGAAGCCGAUCAGUACUAUCGUAACAGUCUAAUAGCGUGCCUUU